UAUGGCACUUUGGAUAGCGCGACAAAGCACGAGGCUUUGGAAAAUUGGCGUAGUGGUACUUGCCGGGUGCUCUGUGGUACAAGUGCGUGUGGCCUGGGCGUCGAUUAUGGUGAAGUUCGUCUGGUGAUCCAUGCCCAAUUCUCUCAAAGCCCACUCGACUACAUUCAGGAAACAGGACGAGCUGGCAGGGACGGCAAGCCAGCAGAGUGUCUACUGGUCAACACGUUUGGCGAUCGAGGACAAGUCCUUGGAAAGAUAAAGAAGCUCAUAGAAUCCACGGACGAUAAGAAUCAUCGGGACUAUCUUACCAAGCGC